CAGGAGAGGGAGCGGCAGCGCGGCAGUCCCGGGGUCCCUCCUCUCCGCCGCAGCAGCCAGCGGGGCUGCCGGCGCCAGGCGGGGCGCCAGGCCGAGCCCGGGGACCCCGCAGCGGGGCCGCCCCACUUCCCUCCCGGCGGCGGCAGGAGGCGCCGGCCCGGCCCGGCCCGGUCCUCCCCGCGCUUGGCUGACCAAAGCUGGCUUAGAAGGCUCUUCCCUCUCCCAAGAAAAUGGGGACUGACAGUGAAAACUCGGUCCUGAGGAACGUGCUCAUCAGCUUCAAUUUGCUUCUGCUGGGUGCCAUCCUCAAGCCUUUCGAGUGCAGGGUGGAGGUGACAACAGAGCCAGCCAAGAGGCCGAUGGUGGAUGAGGAGGGCGGCCUUGCCAACUGCAGCCCACCCAUCAAAGAGCAGCCCAUGGUCUUCCACCACAUCUACAACAUCAACAUCCCCCUGGAUAGCUGCUGCUCAUCCAUGUUCAAGUCUUCGGCCGAGGAGGUGAGUUCAGAAGACGACCGGCUGGCAGAAUACGCUGAGCAGACCUCCGACAGCGAGAGCCAGGUCACCUUCACCCACAGGAUAAACUUGCCCAAGCAGGCCUGCAAGUGCUCCACCUCCCUCCCGUCCCUGCAGGAGCUGCUGAGCAGGAUUGAGAUGCUGGAGAGGGAGGUCUCCAUGCUCCGGGACCAAUGCAACUCCAAUUGCUGCCAAGAAAAUGCAGCCACAGGGCAGCUGGAUUACACCCCGCAGUGCAGCGGCCACGGGAACUUCAGCUUGGAGUCGUGCAGCUGCGUGUGCAUGGAGGGCUGGGCGGGCAGCAACUGCUCCGAGCCCCGCUGCCCCCGGGGCUGCUCCAGCCGCGGCGUCUGUCUGGAGGGCCAGUGCAUCUGCGACAACGACUAUGGGGGCGAGGACUGCUCCCAGCUCCGCUGCCCUGCCGGCUGCGGCUCCCACGGGCUCUGCGUGGAUGGCGAGUGCGUCUGCGAGGAGGGUUUCGCCGGGGAGGAUUGCUCCCAGCUGCGGUGCCCCCACGACUGCUCAGGGAAGGGCCACUGCGCCAACGGCACGUGCAUCUGCCAGGAGGGCUAUGCCGGGGAGGACUGUGGGUGGCUGCACUGUCCCAACGCCUGCAGCGGCCGUGGGGUCUGCCAGGACGGUCUCUGCAUCUGCGAGGAAGGCUAUGAAGGGCAGGACUGCUCAGCAGUGGCUCCUCCUGGAAACCUGCGAGUGACGGGGAUCAGCGACAGCUCCAUCGAGCUGACCUGGGACAGCCCCGGGGCAGCCACCGAGUAUGUCAUCUCGUACCAGCCGACGGGGCCAGGGGGCAUCCAGCUCCAGCAGCGGGUGCCCGGGGACUGGAGCAGCAUCACCAUCACAGAGCUGGAGCCAGGCGUUGCCUACAACAUCAGCAUCUAUGCAGUCAUCAGCGAUGUCUUGAGCACCCCCGUUACCUCCAAGGUGAUGACCAACCUCGCCACGCCGCAGGGGCUGACGUUCAAGACCAUCACAGAGACGACAGCGGAGGUGCAGUGGGAGCCCUUCUCCUUCCCCUUUGAUGGCUGGGAGAUCAGCUUCAUCCCCAAGAAUAAUGAGGGCGGUGUGAUCGCUCAGCUCCCCAGCACCGUCACCACCUUCAACCAGACAGGGCUGAAGCCGGGGGAAGAGUACACCGUCACUCUGGUGGCCCUGAAAGAACAAGCCAGGAGCCCUCCCACCUCUGACAGCGUCUCAACCCUCAUCGAUGGCCCAACGCAGAUCCUGGUGAGAGAUGUCUCCGACACGGUGGCCUUCGUGGAGUGGACACCGCCACGUGCCAAGGUGGACGCCAUCCUGCUGAAGUACGGGCUGGCGGACGGGGAGGGCGGGAGGACCACCUUCCGCCUGCAGCCCCCCCUCAGCCAGUACUCCCUGCAGGCCCUGCGUCCCGGCGCCCGCUACCGCCUCGCCGUCAGUGCCCUCCGGGGUGCCAACGAGAGCCGGCCAGCCCUCGCCCAGUUCACCACAGAGAUUGAUGCCCCCAAGAACCUGCGGGUGGGCUCGCGGACGCCCGCCAGCCUUGAGCUCGCCUGGGACAACAGUGAGGCCGAGGCCCACAGCUACAGGGUGGUCUACAGCACCCUGGCAGGGGAGCACUACCAUGAAGUCCUGGUGCCGCGUGACACCGGUCCCACCACCCGGGCCACCCUCGCAGAUCUGGUGCCAGGGACAGAGUAUGGCAUUGGGAUUUCAGCGGUGAUGGACAGCCAGCAGAGCGUGCCGGCAACCAUGAACGCCAGGACCGAGCUUGACAGCCCCCGGGACCUCCUGGUGACGGCCUCCACAGAGACAUCCAUUUCACUGGCCUGGACCAAAGCCAUGGGUCCUAUCGACCACUACCGUGUCACCUUCACCCCUGCCUCAGGGAUGGCAUCCGAAGUGACAGUGCCCCGGGAUGAGUCACAGCUCACCCUCUCGGAGCUGGAGCCCGGGACAGAGUACACCAUAUCCAUCAUCGCUGAAAGGGGACGCCAGCAGAGCCUGGAGGCCACCGUGGAUGCCUUCACAGGUGUCCGGCCCAUCACACAGCUCCACUUCUCCCAGCUGACAUCAUCCAGUGUGAAUGUCACAUGGAGCGACCCAUCCCCACCAGCAGACCGCCUCAUCCUCACCUACAGCCCCCGGGAUGAGGAGGAGGCACAGCAGGUCACACUUGAAGGCACCCGUAGGCACGCCAGCCUGGCGGGCUUGCAGCCAUCCACCGAAUACCUGGUGUCACUGGUGGCUGUGCACGGCGCCAUCAGCUCUGAGCCUGUCAUGGGCUCCAUCACAACAGGGAUUGAUGCGCCGAAGGACCUCAGGGUGGGCAAUGUCACUCAGGAGUCCAUGAUGGUCUACUGGAGCCCUCCCAUUGCUGCCUUUGACCACUAUAGAAUAUCCUACCGUGCCGCCGAAGCAGGCAGGACAGACAGCACCGCCAUCGGCAGCGACGCCACCGAGUACGCCCUCCGCCACCUGCAGCCCGCCACCAAGUACGAGAUUGGGGUGAAGAGCAUGCGGGGCCGGGAGGAGAGCGAGGUGGCCUCCAUCACCGUGUACACAGCCAUGGAUGUCCCCUUGGGGGUCACGGCCACCAACAUCACCCCUACCGAGGCGCUGCUGCAGUGGAACCCACCGCUGUCAGAGGUGGAGAGCUAUGUCCUCGUCCUCACCUGCCGCACAGUUGCAGGAGAAACAAUUCUGGUGGAUGGAGUCAACCAGGAGUACCAGCUGACCAAUCUCCUGCCCAGUACCACCUACACAGUCUCUAUGUACGCCACCAACGGGCCUCUCACCAGCCAGACCAUCAGCACCAACUUCACAACUCUUUUGGAUCCUCCAACAAAUCUGACUGCCAGUGAAGUCACUCGACGGAGCGCCCUGCUCUCCUGGGUGCCUCCCGUGGGAGAGAUCGAGAACUACGUCAUGACCUACAGAUCCACCGAUGGCAGCCGGAAGGAGCUGAUUGUGGAUGCCGAGGACACAUGGAUCCGCCUGGAAGGGCUUUCUGAGACCACAGAGUACACCGUGCGCCUGCAAGCUGCCCAAAACACCAUGCGGAGCGGCUUCAUCUCCACCACCUUCACCACAGGCGGCCGUGUCUUUGCUAACCCUCAAGACUGUGCCCAGCACCUGAUGAAUGGAGACACGCUGAGUGGCAUCUACACCAUCUCCAUCAACGGGGACCUCAGCCAGCGAGUGCAGGUGUACUGCGACAUGACCACGGAUGGAGGCGGCUGGAUUGUCUUCCAGAGGCGGCAGAACGGGCUGACUGAUUUCUUUCGGAAAUGGGCGGAUUACCGGGUUGGCUUUGGAAACCUGGAGGACGAGUUUUGGCUGGGCUUGGACAACAUCCACAAGAUCACGUCCCAGGGGCGCUACGAGUUGCGAAUAGACAUGAGGGAUGGCCAAGAAGCAGCAUACGCCUACUAUGACAAGUUCUCCAUCGGCGACUCCCGGAGCCUGUACAAGCUGCGAAUCGGGGACUACAACGGCACUUCAGGGGACUCCCUCAGUUAUCACCAGGGCCGCCCCUUCUCCACCAAGGACAGGGACAACGAUGUGGCUGUGACCAACUGUGCCAUGUCCUACAAAGGGGCCUGGUGGUACAAGAACUGCCACCGUACCAACCUCAACGGCAAGUACGGGGAGUCCCGGCACAGUCAGGGGAUUAACUGGUACCAUUGGAAAGGCCACGAGUUCUCCAUCCCCUUUGUGGAAAUGAAGAUGCGACCUUACAACCACCGUAACAUCGCUGGGAGGAAGAGACGGUCCCUACAGCUCUGAGCCAGCUGAACCCCUCCUGCCUCCCACCACCUGACCUUUUCUGUCAUUUGUUUGUAUUUUAUAAUAUGAAAAGGGAAAAAAAACCAAUUACUACUCAUCUGAGAUAGCAACCUGCCCCCCCACGAGUGCUGGAGGGAACCAGGGUACAAGCAAAGGCCGUGUGAAAGGGAAGACCUCGUUGCUUUGCAUCUGUCCCAGAGAAAUACCAAAUUUCCAGUUUCCCUACCCCAGUCCUCUGGCCCUUAACAUGAGAACAAGAAAGAGACAGACAGAUUUUUUUGAUAUUUUUUUAAAACACAUAGAAAUCCCCAGCAAAGCCUGUUAGAAAUGUUUGUCACAGGGCUCAUGGCAGAAACCUUCCCCACAGGGACCUUGGGGCAGCCAUUUCCACCCCAGUCAUGGCCAGGGACACCCGUCCUCUCCCUGCCUCCCUGUUGCCUCCUGGAAGGGAAGUCCCAAGCUUCAUGCCAUCCUGUAGACACCAACUCUUCCAGCAGGCAGAGGCCUAUCUCUCUUUCUGGCCUGGUCAUCCCUCCCCUACACACAGGCACUGCACACAUGAAGACAAACUGAGGAUGAGCAAACGCAAGGCUCAUCCCAUCCCCAGUUUUCGCACAUCACACCAGGAGGGCUUGGCAAGCAUCAGCAUAUGUAGGCAAACUCUAGAAAGCCCACAGCUCAUGUGCUGGCCCCACCACAGCCAAACUCAUCCUCAUGUACAUGGGGUAUAAGGGAACAAGAGCUGUUCCACCAGCCCCAGCCUGUAUCAUCCACGCCUUCCAGUUGAACUCAUCCCACUCCAGGUGCACAACAUCUGCCUGGGUUGUGCUGAGCUUGAUGGAGAAGAAAGGAGUCAAAGGAGAGGACCUGGGAGAAAAAUCACUACUUGUGGUCUUGAGGCCUAGGGCCCGUUUCCUCUGCUAUUUCUACAUCCCACUGCGCUGGCUUUCACUGAGGGCAUUGGUCCCAAACCAAAUAGUCUCAGAGAAGGAGCAGCAACCAAAAGAGCCACCACACAAGCGCAGCCCAGCCUGAAGCCGGCAGCUGGUACAGCCCAGGUGCUAUUGUUCAGAGACCUCCACGGUACACGGGGAAGGAUGGCAACACAGCUGAGGGAAGAGAAGCGCAAGCUGAGAAAUGCCCAUUCCUUCCCUUCUCCUGCACCACCCCUCUUCGCUGCCAUCACAAGAGGGACACAAAUCUCAGUGCCUUGGUAUCAGCAUCUCUCUAACAGGAAAUCAACCAUUUCCCUUCCUGGAAGGAAUGUUUAGUCCAUCCAGAUUCUGGAGCUCUUCAAGACUCUUGAAAGAAUAGAUGAGUUCACUCUUCCCACCCUUAACUUCUCCUCUUUUAAGGAAGAUGGACCCUUUGGAUAGCUCUGGCUGGGUCCUGUUACCAUUGACACCACCUCCAUGUAGCCCAAAUGACCACCCACCGGAGUCACUCCUCUGCUGAGUGCUCGGAUCAAUGCUGGGUAUUGUCACUGGUCUGGUCUCGGAGAAGGGACUUGUCCCCACAGCCAAGGACAAUACAGCUCAUCAUUGGGUUUGCAGCCAAGGGAGCAUUACAAAUGCUAAACACUGCUUUGUUAUUUUAUCACACUGAAGCUGCUUUGUCUCAAGAAACAUCUACCAGAUGGCAACAUAAAGGCAUCUUUACAGUAGCUUAUAAUUCAGGCCAGUGUCUCUUUCAUGGCCAUGCUCCUGGAUCUGCUGACGUUACUCACCAUG